AUGUCAGGUUGCGACGGGACGGAGGGCCGCUUUGGUCGAAUUUCCUCGUGGGAGCCGAGCACGCCACCCGAUGUUGUCACCGACUCCGUUGAGGACGCCUUCGAAGAGGUCGCACCUUCGGUGAAUGGACCACUCAUCGCACGCCUUAUUCCGAUACGCGACGGCUCCACUGCUUCACUGCGGGUACCAAUGCCAAUACUUGAGAUAUACAGAGAUUCAGGCACUAUCACAAUGGGCCGCUCAAGGGAACUGCCUGUUGAGUGCCGCGUAGAUGUGGCACGUGUAUCAACUCAGCACUGUGAGUUGCGUGUUAAUGCUGUCACUCGGCAGGUGACUGUGCGAGACAUAUCGUUAAAUGGAACAUUCGUAAAUGGGAAGCGGUUAGAGAAAGGUGUUGACGUGGAGCUGCAGUCUGGCGACCAAAUUUCCUUCGUGAAAUCCCUUCCCACUGGUACCACUGCAACGUCAACUCCGGCACAGACCUCGUCAUCUGAGUCUGCAAAUGUGAGCAGUGGUGGUGGAAACGGUGCAGAAUACGUGUUUCAGAGGGUGUCCAGCACACAAAGUGUUUCGCAAAUGGUAGAGGAGCUUACGUGCUCCGUGUGCAAACAUCUCUACCAUCGGCCCUGCAGUGCAUUGCCUUGCAUGCAUGUGUUUUGUGCUUCGUGUUUGAGCAAGUGGUUAGCGUGCGGUAACGUCACGUGUAUGGAGUGCCGUGCGGAGCUGUCAGAGGUUCGCCCAACGCAUAAGCUACAGAACUGUGUAGAGCAACUCUUGAAACUCAACCCGGGGCUCUGUCGUAGCGCCGAGGAACUGGCGGAGUGUGGGUUCAACGACGAUAUUCCCCCCGAGGGAAGAAAGUUACUGAAGCGGACACGCAGGGUUCGGGAUGAUGACGGUGAUGACUACUCCGAUACGGGGAGUGAUCUCGAUGAUGAUGAUGAUGAUUUCGGUAGUGAAUUCAAUACAAGCAGUGGGGGUGAUGGCGUUAAUGCAACUCAUGUUCCUCAACUGUACCAAGGCCAAACGCAUGGUCAUGCGCCAGCAACUGGGUCUUGCAAGCACUGUGAAGCUCCUUCUGCGGUGGACGGUUUCCGUUGCCCUGCGAGGGGGAUGCACCAGUCUUGUGCACGGUGUCGUCGGCUAUUCCCCAUGCGUCCACUCUGCACUCGGCCGCAACGGUGCCAUCUCUGCAGCACCCCGUAUUGUAAUUUGUACUACAAGGAUGAGGGUGGUUGUCCAGUUGGCGCUGACGGGGGCCUUACCAUCGUUUCGCAGUACCGUGCGCCGCAAGCCCUUCCACCAAACCUGUUUGGUGGCAACAAGGUGGAACAAAACAUUGUUUCAAGUUAUUUGAUGGUCAAACACGUGGUGGUUGAGGAUGUUUGGGGAGAAUGCCUCCAGAAGUUGAGUGGUCGUGAAUGGGUGCCUGAUAUUACUUGUGUAAAUGGGCCUGUGACAGCAGAUUCUGCUCUGUGUGAAGGCUGCAUGGACAUCCUCUUUGCCGCAUUGUUGUUUCAUUACCGUCGCUGCAUACCUCGUGCUGAGUUACCAUAUUCUGUGACGGACAGACCGAACUGUUGGUACGGCCUGAACUGCCGCACACAGUUUCACAACAUGCAGCACGCAAACAAAUAUAACCACGCGUGCUACCAAGAAAAGCGGAAAGAGUAG